AUGUCUGUGGCUCGGCUAUCAACUGAAAACAACAAUUCAAAGCCAAAAAGAGCCAGAAUAGAGGCCUCACUAGUCCUGGGCUUCUCGGCCGAUGAUAAGAUCAGAACUAUCCAACCCCAUGACAAUGCUUUGGUGGUCACACUCAGGAUAAAGGGGUAUGAUGUGAAAAGAGUGUUGGUAGAUCAGGGAAAUCCUGUCGAGAUAAUGUACCCCGACCUAUACAAGGAGCUGAAUUUAAAACCCGAAAACCUAACAGCAUACGAUUCCCCACUAGUAAGUUUCGAAGGGAAAACAGUUACUCCGAGAGGUCAGAUUAGACUACCUAUACAAACCAGUUCAGAUGUGGUGGAAGUAGACUUCAUUGUGGUGAAUGCUUAUUCACUUUAUACGGCUAUUGUGGCCAAGCCUUGGCUUCAUGCCUUAGAAACCGUUUCUUCUACCCUCUACCAGAAGGUAAAGUAUCCGUCCAACGGCCAAGUUAAAGAGAUUGUAGGGAAUCAAUCCAUGGCUAGGCAAGGCAUAGUGGUUGCCAUCUUGCAUAGGCCCAAUGCAGAGUCCUCGGCCUCUACUGAAAGGAACUUGUAG